AAAACUCCACACAACCACACCUGAGUUGAGUGAACUGAGACAGCUUUUGUUGUCCACCAUUUCAGUCCGUCGUUCGUUAGUUUGGCCACGUCUACUCCGUUCUGUCUGGUACUUGUGAUAUCUCCUGGAGUUAGCCGGUCCAGUACUGGGUGUGGAUUGUGAAAUCAGUUGUAUCGGAAUAUUCCAGAACUUUUCCAACUUUAUAAAUUGUGCAAAAACAUGAUCUCGGCGGUGGCAUUGUUGGCCAUUUUUGGGCUUCUACAUACGGCUUUUGCCGGUGAAGCGGACGUGCUGGACCUUACUGAUAGUGACUUUUCGAUCCGAGUGGCCGAAACGGAAACAACAUUGGUCAUGUUCUAUGCGCCCUGGUGCGGCCACUGUAAAAAGCUUAAACCGGAGUACGCCAAAGCAGCCGAACUAUUGCGCGGUGAGGAUCCACCAAUCGCCCUGGCCAAAGUUGAUUGUACUGAGGGAGGCAAAGAUACAUGUAGCAAAUUCUCCGUCUCGGGCUAUCCGACGUUGAAAAUCUUCAAGAAUGGCGAAGUUUCGCAAGAGUAUAAUGGACCACGCGAAGCUAGUGGGAUCGCGAAAUAUAUGAAAUCUAUUGUGGGACCGGCUUCCAAGGAUUUGCUCACGCUGGAUGCGUUUGAGGCUUUUAUGAAAGUACAGGAAACCAGCGUGGUCGGUUUCUUCCAGAAAGAAUCGGAUCUGAAGAGUGUCUUCCUGAAAUACGCUGAUAGUCAACGUGAACGGUUACGAUUCGGCCACAGCAGUGCCAAAGAAGUUCUUGACAAGCAAGGCGAAACCGAUGCGAUAUAUUUGUUCCGAGCCAAGCAACUAGCUAACAAAUUCGAAAAUGAUUUCGUAAAGUUUAGUGGCAAGACGAAGGACGAGUUGACCGCUUUCGUCAAAGAUAAUUUCCAUGGACUUUGUGGCGUUCGUACUCGUGAAACGGCAAGCGACUUCAGAAACCCUCUGGUCGUGGUUUACUACGCUGUGGAUUACGUUAAGAAUCCGAAAGGAACCAAUUAUUGGCGUAACCGGGUUCUGAAAGUUGCAAAGGAAUUUGUUGGCCGCGUCAGUUUUGCCGUUAGCGCCAAGGAUGAUUUCCAGCACGAGCUGAACGAAUAUGGCUAUGACUACGUUGGCGAUAAACCUCUGGCGUUGGCUCGCGAUAGCAAAAAUCAAAAGUUCGUCAUGAAAGAUGAGUUCUCAGUUGAAAAUCUGCAAGCUUUUGCUACCGCACUGGAGGAAGGCAGUCUGGAACCGUACGUCAAAUCAGAACCAGUGCCAGAAAGCAAUGAUGCACCGGUAAAAAUAGCCGUCGGUAAAAAUUUUGACGAUGUUGUUAUCAACAACGGCGUUGACACUUUAGUGGAAUUCUAUGCCCCAUGGUGCGGACAUUGCAAGAAGCUGACGCCUAUCUAUGAAGAACUGGCAACUAAACUGAAAGACGAGGAUGUUUCUGUCGUGAAGAUGGAUGCUACUGCCAAUGAUGUUCCGCCAACGUUUGACGUCCGAGGUUUCCCAACGCUGUACUGGUUGUCGAAGGAUGAUAAGAGCAAUCCGAAACGUUACGAGGGUGGCCGCGAAAUUGAUGACUUCAUGAAGUACAUUGCUAAACAUGCCACGAACGAACUGAAGGGGUGGGAUCGUAAGGGUAAUGUUAAGAAGGUUGAGUUGUAAUCUCCGAGACGCGAAUAGAUUCGUUGAGCAAUCGAGAGAAAGGUCAUCUUUUUUUUUUGGCGAGGAAGCAGAAUCAUGUCCUAAAUCAUGAGCUAUAAAAUUGUACAAUUUCAUUCCUGUAAAAUCGAACCUCAUUGAACAUGCUUUUCAUUAGAAAGGUUGUAUUUUCUUCAUUUUUACUAUUGCUUCCAUGCGGAAAAUUGCGAUGUCUAGACUAUUAGUGUUAGGCAAAAAAUAAAUUAGACGAUAAGCAGCGAAGCAUGCAUUUAGUUUAUGUCAAUCUAACCGAAGCAAAUUUUGGAGUAUGACCGAGGCGUUUUUACUGGAAUACUCGGAAAAAGUUUAGUUGUUGACUAUGAAGUUCAUUGUUUUAAUCAACACGUUUCCACUAGAAGAAGGAAAGAUGUUCUUAUUGUCAAUCACUUUAACGAGAAUGAGAGUUGAAUAAAUGAUACUGAUUUUUGUGA